AUGAAUCCAGAUAUGCCUGUCCAUGUGUAAAGUAAUUACUAAAUACUAUAUUUUUUGUAGAUCUUAAAUUGGUAGAUUUUGACAUAAUCAAACCUUUAGGGAAAGGUGCAUACAGUGAAGUCUUCUUAGCUAAGAACAAAUUCACUGGACACGAAUCUGCACUUAAGAUUGUGGACAAGAAUUUCUUGCUUAAAGUAAGCAUAUCAUGUUAACAAUAUAGGAGAAAAAGAUGCAUCAUGCAUAUAUAGAGAGGGAAGUGCUGAGUAAAUUGAGACAUUAAGGAAUCAUUAAGUUAUUCAAUUCAUUCGAAGAGCACGAUAAACUAUUUUACUCCCUUGAAGUGUUAACUGAUGGUAAUUUAUAAGAAUACAUGAACAGUAAGUGACAUUGAUAAUGCUUUAGGGCAUAUUUUGAAUGAUUCAAUAAUCAAGUUCUAUGUAGCAGAAUUGUUGCUUAUUCUUGAAUAUCUGCAUUAGAAUGGAUUGGUGCACAGAGAUGUGAAACCUGAAAACAUUCUAUUAACAAAGGAUAAUCAUUUAAAACUUAUAGAUUUUGGAACAGUAUUUGUUUAUGAUCAUAAUAAAUUGAUAUCGGAGAUAAAUUAGAAGAUAUUAGGAUUAAAUAUCAAAAGUAAAGAUCUCCUUCUUUAAACGAUUUUGAGAAACCCUAAAUUAGGUAUUGCCGUGAUUCUAGUUUUGUGGGCACAUCAGAAUACUUAUGUCCUGAGUUAAAUGAUUACAAUGUUAUUGGACCAUAGGCUGAUUUGUGGGCAUUGGGAUGUUUCAAUUAUCAAUUAUAUACAAAUAAAACACCAUUCUAUUCAGAGAACGAAUUCGAGUUAUUUAAUAAUAUAAGUCAAUGCUCAUGGUCAUAAGAUUCAAGUAUACCCAAUGAUGCCUUGAAUUUAAUCAAGAUAUUGCUUGAUAAGGAUCCCUUAAAGAGAUUUCUAGGAGAAUUUGAUGGUAACUUUACUUAUCAUUAGUAGAUUCUUAAUAUAAUUAUGAAAGUCUCAAACAACACGAGUUCUUUAGAGGAAUUAGUUUUAAAUAAAUGUGGUUAUAAGAUAUCCCUUUUAUAAACACUACUGAUCAACACAAGAGAAAGAUAAGUAGAAUUCAGACUACAUUUAUUGAAAAUAACCGAGCAUUGCGUGAUAAAUAUGAUAAUCAAGGAAUUUCUUAAAUAAUCAUAUAAGGUUAAUUAGAUAAGGAACAUGGAGUUCUAUUUAUGACUCAGUUCUCUCUCAGACAUGCUAGCAUUGUUUGUUAAGAUAGAAUAGUCCUUUUCAUUUAUAUUAAUCCUUAAUUAAAUAACAAAAAGGUAUUAAGGUUAUUUUAUAUGUUAGACUGUAAUACCCUUAAACUAAUUUACUUCAUGCAAAUUAUUAGGGAAGGGGAAAUUCAUUGUUGCAGAUAGAAAUAAAAAGAAAUACAUUUUCAAAUAAAGAGAAAAUAAUGUUACUGCUCAACAGUGGGUUAAUUUAAUUAACAAAUAUAUCAAAUCUAACCAUUAUUGA